AACAGUUGGAAGGGCUGCAGAGCGGCGAGCGAGCGGCCGGAGCCGGACACUGCGGGAGCGGCCGGAGCACCCGGGCCGGACACUGAGGGAGCGGCCGGACACAGGGAGAGGAGCCGGACACUGAGGGAGCGGCCGGAGCACCGGGGCCGGACACUGAGGGAGCGGCCGGAGCACCGGGGCCGGAAACUGAGGGAGCGGCCGGACACAGGGAGAGGCCGGAGCACCGGGGCCGGACACUGAGCGAGCGGCCGGACACAGGGAGAGGAGCCGGACACUGAGGGAGCGGCCGGACACCGAAUGACGGAGAGCCGGAAGAUGGUGAGGAAAAGUGAUGCACUGGCCACAGAGUCAGUCACCUGUCUCAAUGCAGCACUUUCCCAUCUUCGAAAUAUCUGGGAAGAGAUUGGGAUUCCAGAAGAUCAAAGACUGCAGAGAACGGAAGUUGUUAAAAAGCACAUUAAGGGGCUAUUGGAUAUGAUGAUUGCAGAGGAAGAAAAUCUAAGGCAACGGCUGAAAAAAAGCAUUGCAGUGUGCCAGAAAGAGCUCCAUGCAGUGUGUCAGGAACUCAGUUUGGCUACAUGUCUGCCAGAAGAAGAUUGCACGAUGCUGCAGCUGGAAAAAGAUCUGCGGACACGUUUGGAGGUCCUCUUGAAGGAGAAAAAAGAGAGAAUGACAAAAUUAAAAUUACUUAAAGAACAAGAUGAGGAGCUUUGUGACAUUCUUUGUACAACAGGUUUUUCCAUCGAUGUUGAUGCGGUCCCCAGUAUUGAACAGCUAGAUGCAUUUCGUGAGCACAUUGCUUCACUUAAUGAAGAAAAGGAACGCAGAAGGGCUGAGUUUGUAGAGACUAAGAAAAAAAUCAUUUUGUGCAUGGAUGAACUCGAUCAGCUGCCUGACACUAGCUUUGAGAGAGAUAUCGUGUGUGAGGAUGAGGAUGCAUUCUGUCUGUCUAAUGAGAAUAUUAUAGGUCUGAAAACAUUACUUCAACAGCUGGAGAUGAAGAGAGCUCAGAAUGAAGCAAAGUGCUCGGAGCUGAGAAGUCAAAUAAUUAACUUGUGGGACUGGUUGAAGAUUUCUGAUGAAGAACGUGAUUCUUUUGCUGUACACAUGGUUGGAUCCAGGGCUAAAACGAUGCAAACAUUGCAGACAGAGUUAGAGCGUCUUGAAGUCCUGAAAUUACAAAACAUGAAAAAUGUGAUUGAAGCUGUCCGACAAGAGCUGGCAUCAUACUGGGAGAAAUGUUUCUUCAGCUCUGAACAGCGGCAAGCAUUUGCUCCAUAUUACAAAGAGGAUUACACAGAGGAUUUGUUGCAGCUUCACAACUUGGAGCUGAAUCGAUUGAAGCAGUACUACCAAGCACAUCACCAGCUAUUUGAGGGUGUCUGGAAGUGGGAAGAAAAUUGGCAGCUUUACCUGGGUUUUGAGAAGAAAGCAUCGGACCCAAACCGGUUCACCAACCGAGGAGGCAAUCUUUUAAAGGAGGAGAAGCAGAGAACCAAGCUGUACAAAAUGUUGCCUAAACUGGAAGAAGAGUUGAAAAUGCAGAUUGAGGCCUGGGAACAGGAGCAUUGUUCACGGUUUUUGGUUAAUGGACAAAAUUUUAUGGAUUAUGUAUCAGAGCAAUGGGAGCAACAUAAAUUGGAGAAAGAGCGUGAGAAACAAGAGCGGCAACUGAAAAAGAGUAGACUGAUUGAAGAGGAAAUGCUGUACGGCAGUGCCCCAAAAACUCCAAGCAAGCGAAGGGUUAAUACACUCACUACACCAGGGAAAUCACGGAAGCUAAAUGGUACAUCGAUUGCUAGUGCCACACCCAACAGUACCUUUCGCUCCGCUAUUGGCAGUAGCGUCUGUUUCUCACCAAUCUCCCGACCCCCACUGUCUGGACGCAAGCCAGGACAAUCUGUGCGCACACCAGGAUAUUCAGCUACAAAGCUCCCACGCCAUGGUCUCAAUGAAAAGAACAAAGAGAAUAUUUCUCAUCUAAGUGCAACAGCAGUGAGUGGUGCGUCCAUCGGCAUCUCCACUCCACAACAUAAUCUCAGCAUAAAUUCAGUUGCCACCACUUAUUCUGAGUUUGCGCGAGAACUUUCAAAAGUUUCCAAGUCUGAUUGUCGGUCACGAGUUCUCAACUCUACAACCACCAACAUCCACACCUGAACGAGCCAGGAACUACCAAUGGGGAGCUGGACUGCUCAAAAGCAAGCUGGAGAGGGCCCCAACUUUAUGUGCACAAAAUGAACAUGUUACAGUAGAACUGGCAUGUUUUGAUCUAUAUUACUGUAAACUGUAAAUUACAGGAUAUGUGAAAAAUACCACAGAUGAACAGAGGGAAUGGAAAAUUUUACCUUGUCUAUGCCAUCUGCAGAUAUCUUGGGGCAUUGAACAUAGCUUCAAAGCCUAUUCAGGGAGGAAGUGUUGCUUUUAAAGAUUUUUAUAUGCAAGGAAAUUCAAAAAGUAUCUUGCAGAAUAGCCUCGCCCAAUGAAAAUGAAAUAAUGUUUAUAUCAUUCUUUCUGAGCUAUUGUUUGGUGAGGGGAGGAAAGAGUGCUAUAAAUUAGGUUUCUCCGGAGCUCAGCUAGAGUAGCUUGUUGAACUUCAAAAUUCUCUUGGCAAGUAUUUUACAUGGUAGUGUUUGGUUGACAACUCGUGUUUUGAUAUUAGAAUUUUUGAUCCUCUUGAUCUAGUCUAUUUGAGACUUCAAUGAGCUCAAGGGUAGGCUAUCCAAUUCCUAGGUUUGUGCUAAAAGGAGGUCCCAAAACUCUGGUACAAAAUGAAAUUUGCUAAUUUGGGUCUGUGUGGACAAACUAAAUCAUAUUUUGGCAAUAUCCAUAUGGCAUAUGUGUCUGUAAAAUUAGCUUCAGUUUUCUCUUAUAGUAGCAUUAGCAAGAGGUGAAAGCAUGCAGUUGGUAUGCCAACUAGAGAGCAAAUUAAAUGUAAUUAUCCUUAUUUUGCAUUGGAUUGGGAGACAUGGGAAAUCUUUACAUUAGUUCAAAUAAGGCCAUGUAUGUAUGUUAUGAUGUCAUAACCAACCCAUGGUUCAUUGUGGUUCCAUUUUUCAUAUGAUCUUGUGGGUUUAAUAAUACUUUAAUCAUACCCGUUUUUAAAUAUUUUUAUUUCUGCACAUUUAAAUUGUGUUUGAUUCUUUAAGCUAAUCAUGAAUUUUGCACCUUUUAUGCAUUUUCCUUUAUUUAUUCUUGUAACAGCUGUCUCUUUUUGUUAAAGUUAAGCAAAUGACAUAACAUAGUUAUGUGCAGUGAGAGAAGCCUUUAAACACUAACCAUUAUUUUGUAAUAUGCUAUAGAGACUUUAAUUGCUACCUGAUAGAGUAAUCUUUAUGCUUGGUCUGGCACAAUGUUUGUCCAAUGUCUCGCUCAAUCUGUUCCUGACUGAAGGUACGCUUUUAUUCCAUCUUGGAAUCAAGAAUUAUCAAUCCUAGAGCAGGCUUUAAGCUUGAAUUAGUUUGAAAAAGGAAAGUUGUUUUUGUUUUCUUUGUUUGAGCCAAUCUGCCAUUUUAAAAUGGGGUAGGGGAAGAGAAGGGUUGUGAGGGAUGAAGAUUUUUUUGAAAAAUCUUGUUCCUUUUUGAACUGUGGUGUCCCAUCAGACUGGGUCUAAUGAAUUUCUAGACCUAGCCAAGGAAUUGUCUGUUUCCUAAUCUGACAGUCAGGUAACAUGGGGAAGCACCACACACUUUUUUUCUGUCAAUGGAGACGCUUGAGCGUGUGUGAGAAAAGCUGGUUCUUGCUUAUGUUGGUCUAACUGGCAGAGAUAUGGCUAAGAUUUUUUUUAAAAAUCAAGUUUGUUCUUAAAUUAACCAGAAUUAUCUUAAGGUAUGAAAUUUGUCACAGUUGGUGUGUGUUCUGAUAUAAACUCUUGACUUGAGUAGUUCCAAAUUGAAAGUCCAUUUCAGAACGGUUGGUUGCAAGGGUACUAGGCUGUCAAAGUAUCUUCUAUAGAUGAGAAAUUCACACAGAUUCACCAGCAAAGUUUAAAGACAUCUGCCUUGGUUGUUUGCCUGCUCCUGGUAAAUUAUCUGGAUUUACCAGUCAACUCCAUUAUGACACAACUGUGAAGAGACUGGCUUCUUAAAAAUAUUUUUGUAUGGUGGCAUACUUAUAUAUAAAAAAAAUUGCUUUCCUUCCCAAUUGAAAUUGCUGUUAUGGGGAAAGGUGCAGGGCCAAGGCAAUUUUAAGCAUUUUUGUUUCAAUAUUUAAAUCUAGAAAUAACUUUUUGGGCAGAGCAUCUAGGUCAAAUUAGGUUUUAUAUUUGUGGUCCGGUAUCUCUGUGCAUCUACAAACCGCCUGUCUCCUUUAUAAUCUGCAGACUAUGGGACUUCACAAAUGUUCAAAUUUUCCUGCCAGCAGUUAGGGGGUUAACAUGUUGAGCAUUAUCUCUUCUAGUAAAAAAAAUGUAAAUUCUAUAGACAUCUGAUUGGUUAUGGUCUGGUACCAGGCUCAAACACCCCAGUCUGUACUGAGUUUCAGUCAGUGGUAUUAGGAAUUGCCUUUUUCUUCAAUGCUCUGAGCUAAGAGAGUAGGUAGGGUGAAAUCACAUAGGAAUCCUGUGGCGAAUCAGUAAAGUCUAAAGUGUACUUGUUCAGCAUAGGCCACAUUUAACUGAGAUGCACCUUGCUGAACUGUACUUAGGACCGGCCCUGAGGAAAGGCAGUCUGAGGUACUGGGGGGGUGUGGGGCUAUGAGGCGCACCGUAGCUUAAAGGCUGUAAUUGAUAACAUUGGACACUGAAAUAUGUUAGUCUUCCGACCACUGUUUGAAGCUUGUCUUUAAAUUGUACAGUGUUAUGCAAUAAAUAGUCA